AUGGACGAACAGUCCAUAGAUCCAAAUUUAAUAUGCAGUAUUUGUCAUAAAGCCCUUAAAGAUCCAAUUUGUACACCAUGCGAUCAUACCUAUGGCCGCGAAUGUAUCACACAAUGGCUUAAUCAAAACGACAAGAGUUCAUGUCCAAUGUGUCUUAAAAUGCCCAUAUCGAUUAAUGAACUUACACAAGCUAGUCGUCCUUUACGAAAUAUGCUUGAUCAAGUUCGUGUUCGGUGCACAUUGUGUGCACAAACUGAUCUACAACGUGGAAACUUUGUGAAUCAUAUAAACAAGAUUUGUCCAAAAUCAGUAGUUCCGUGUCAAGCUGCUGAUAUUAAAUGUCCUUGGACAGGGCCACGUGAUGAAUUACAAAGUCAUAUCUCAACAUGUGUUUUUGAACCUUUGCGACCAGUAUUAUUUUCACUGGUUGCUGAAAAUUGA